GACGACCAAUGGAGUAAUUGCGGUUGCCUUAGUGAUAAAAGAGGGGGCCGUUAAGUCGGCAGACGGCAGGAGACACACAAGUUACUACUCCAGUAAAAGACUCCAUCCAGACUCCGGGAGUUGCCGUGGGAACCGAAUCUCCAGCUCUGGGUCGCCCGGCAACCCCCACUCAUAUCAAUCGUUGCUGCUGGCGGGCGGAGCAAACUUGAAGGGGUGGGGCGGCAUUAUUUGGAAUUCCGACUCGGAAAAAUAGCUUCUUAGGGCCUGGAGGGUGGAGAGAGACGGAGUGGAGAAGACAGGAUAAGGAGGUUGUUAUUAAAAUGGUUUUGAAUAUCCCACACAGCGACCACAAAAGAAUCAACAAUGAAAUCCACCUUGAAAAUCACAUUUUUCGGUCUGGCGUUCCUGAGCGUCCCCAUUAUCCUGUACCAACUGUAUUCGCAGACAGGUAGUGCAGUGGGCGGAACUCUAACUGAAACCGACAGCAACCAAGGCUCCUCGGUUGCUGUACCAUUAGAAAACAAUGUACCUAGGUCACAGCCGACUAUCCCCACUAGUGUGGGAGGUGGCGGGACUCUUAGAAUAGCUUCUGAAACCAAGCCGACGUUGAGUGAAGGAACUGCAACACCACCAAAGUCAGAGCCCACACUACCCAAUAUUGUGUACCUGUUGGCGGAUGACUUGGGUUACGGUGAUGUCGCUUACAAUGGGGGCGUGGCACAGACGCCAAACUUGGACGAGAUGGCUUCUAGUCUGCACAGCAUCCAGUUCAAUAGGUUUUAUUCAGGUGGACCCGUGUGCUCACCGACACGCGGGACACUACUGACCGGUAGGAACCACAACCGCUACUGCAUAUGGCAUGCCGAUAUAGGUGUCCCCCGUAGCGACUUGACCUGUCCUUCGCUUAUGCCACUCCCGCCCUCCGAACUUACUGUGGCAGAGAUCUUGAGCGAGGUAGGCUACCACACUGCCAUAUACGGGAAGUGGCACGUUGGGGACUUGAGGAAAGUGCCUGGCGGAAACAAAAAGUGGCCCGUCUCAAAUCCCACUAUGCACGGAUUCCGAGAGUGGUUAGUAACGGAGAGACACACGUCGAAUAUCUUACCAAACUGCAGAUGCUCGCAUAAUGACUAUUCCUGCAAACUUAAUGGCCGUAAGUACAACGUGGUCUUUUGUCGCGACUACUGGUACGAGAAUCCUUUGACGGGUCAACUUGAAAAAUCCCGGAGACAGGUUUUCGAAGACUCUCACUACAUCGUCGAUCGAUUUGAGGAGUUUCUCAAGAACAGAAACAAAUCGCGUCCGUUUUACUCACAGCUCUCUUUUCACUCGGUCCACAGUCAAUAUCUAGCAACGCCAUACUGGUAUAACAUAUAUUUGAAGAAGUACAACGCAGACAGGUCUCACUACUUGGGGGCGACAUCGGCACUCGACGAAGCCGUCGGUCGAGUAAGAAUUCUGCUCAAAAAGUACGGGAUUGCCGAAAACACACUCUUGUGGUUCUCUAGCGACAAUGGACCCCAGAAGAACGAGCCUGGAUCAGCGGGUAAGCUACGGGGUCGAAAAGGGGAUGUAUUGGAAGGUGGGAUAAGGGUACCGGGCAUCAUUGAGUGGCCAGCGAUCAUUCACGGGAACAGAAAAACUUCGGUUCCUGUGGUGACGACCGAUUUUCUGCCAACUGUUGCCGAAAUCGUUGGGUACAAACUCCCUCGCAAUCUCCUCUUAGACGGCAUUUCGAUUCUGCCCAUCUUGAAUGACGUUGCCGGGGAUCGCCCUCGCGGGAACAACAUCAAAUAUGCAUUUUACCUGAAGAGAGGGAAACUCGACGUCAAUUUUAGAGCUGCCGUAGUGGGGUGAUCGCUACAAAUUUUAUGCACAGUUUGACAAGGGGAAAAUGUUAGAACACUACCUCUAUGAUCUGGAUAAUGACAUUGGAGAGUCAAAGAACGUUUCUGAGCACAACGUCGAGUUGACGCUAGCAAUGAAAGUGGAAUUGGAGGAGUUUCUAAAGUCGGUCACGAAAAGUGCGACUGAGAUUGGGUGUUUGGAGACACAUGACCGGAGGGAUGUUAAAUGUUAAUGUUGUGUCUGUAAUUAUUAUUAUAAUAUCCCCACUCAGUCUUCCUUACCCGGCCCCCUCCAUUCUUUCUCUCUCUCUUACACACUCACUUUUCCAUUUUACUGACCCUCCAUCUCAUUCUCUAUUGCCGAUGAAGAAACAUGAUGUGAGCACUAGUACUAAUUUAUGCGCAAAUCGAUGUCGCUCCGUUGAUAUGGAAACCGAGCCUAAUAAACAACACGUGCUGCAAGAAAGGGGGGCGUGUCGGGUCUUCUGGAGAGGAAGGGGUAUAUAGACGACGCCUCGCUCUCCGCAUGGACCGCUAGUUACAUAGCAGGCUACAAGAUGAUACCCAUCUACUCUACCAGCAAGUUGGCUCGCGUCACACUCGCUGGAAUAGCAGUCUUCUUCAUCGUUUUCACCGCCUCCCUCCUUCCCGCCGUUCUCGUCACACCGACGGUCAGAUACGAGGAGGUGUCCAGCUUCCAUUCGCUCUUGAUUUCCAACUCGUCGGCGAAUUUCUACAGCGCUACCUUCAUCCGGACGUCGUUGUUGUCCCUUGCUUUCGCGGACUACAAUCGUGCCCAAGGUAUCAGCGAUGUCGUCAAAACCAGAAAUACUACAGGUGUAGCGGCCGGCAACUCAUCCAACUCCACUCUUCUUGUCGACGCGCAAGGAGCUUCUGAGCGAGACGACACCGUUUCUUCUUCACUUACAAGUACCCAGUCCGCCCUCUAUCACAAGGAGGAACCGGCCGUUUGCGUUAGCAGCGUCAAGAACCACCCGAGAUGUGGAAAAUGGUGGGAAAAAUAACAGCCAUUCUGGCCGUAAUCUCCUGGGAUUGGAAGGAACACCCAAUGCCACCAGAACUUCCACAACAGCAUUAACAAACACUUCCACAACAGCAGUAACAAAUGCUAGUGAAAUCCCACCAAGGCAUCGUGUUACACACCCCAAGUCCCGCGGCUUCAUUCUGGCGACAGAGUACCAGCAGCAGUUACUGGGUGGGUUCAAGGGGUUUUACCACCUCUCCAAAAUUGCAUCGGCCCUCAAUCUGUCCAUCGUUGAACCGUUUGUCUCAAGGACAUCCUUGACCGGAGUUCCUUCCCUGAAAGAAGGUCUGGACCAGUGUUUUAAACUGAGCCACUUUUACGAUCUCUACGGUCUGAGAGACGCCUUUCUCCAAUGCUCCGACGUUAAACUGGAGACUUUCGAGAAUUUCUUCACGAAAUCCUCCCACCGUAUUGUCAUGGUCGAUUUUCUUAAAUCUCUGGAUUUCUACCGCAAAGUAUUUCCUCCAAAUGGCAUGAACAUGAAGACCAUAGAGUUAAAGUCAGAUACAAAAGGCACAUUGGUGAGUCUAGCGCUGCUCAACCAAUACGCAGCACACAUGUUUCAAAAGCGUUGUAAGAAGAUCAGAUGCUCAAAGACGAAGUAUUUGUUUAAAAAAUCUCGUGUGAUAUUGAUUGACGCGAGACCGCUCCACCCCUUGUCGUGGGAACUAGUGAGGACCACUUUGGAAUCGGUGAUAAAUGAAGAGGUGAAUAAGUAUGGCUCUGUGACACUAGUUCUGCCCUCAUGGCGAGACAUCCAACCGCCUGGCAUGAUCUCUUCUUUCUUCUACUCCAUGCCUGACUUCCCAUGGGAUAAUUGCCAAGAUGUGGUUCUUAUACCUCACAGUAAAACCGUCAUGGCAGCUGCAGAUAAGUUUGUAGCAGACAAAAUGAAACCACAUCCCGUGGUUGGAGUUCACAUCCGUGCCGAGAGGCUCCUAAUUGAUUACAAAGGGGAUGUCACUCACUUUAUGGGCUGUCUGAAACAACUCAAAAACUUACUGGGAAACGGAACUAUUCCCAGCGUUCGUAAGGA